AUGCCUGGCCUCCUGAAGAUGCCCAGGAGAGCAGCUCUCCUCCCAUGGACAUUCGGGGAGCUGCUGCGGCUGGCGCUCAUCCUGUCGCAGCUGGCAGUCUGCCUCCUCAGUCCCUGUUUGGAGGUCAUCCCUAGCAAAGCUUUCAGAUGCAUGGGGCUGAAUAUCUCUGGAGUUCCCCCUGAAGUCCCAAACACCACCCAGGAGCUGGACCUCAGCUUCAACAAUCUGAAAUCACUGAGCUCAAAUUAUUUUUCAUCAGUCCCUGAACUGCGGCUUCUGGAUCUUUCAAGGUGCCACAUCCAUACAAUAGAAGAUAACUCUUUUGUGGAUCUUCAUGAACUUUCCACCUUAAUUUUAACUGCCAAUUCCCUCCAGUACCUGGAGUCAGCAACCUUCUAUGGUUUAACAUCUCUGAAAAAACUAGUAUUGGUGGAAACCAGCAUAUCCUCUCUGACUGACCUACCAAUUGGACACUUGCAUACCCUACAGGAGCUGAAUUUGGGCCACAACAACAUUGCUUCAUUGAAGCUUCCCAAGUAUUUUUCCAACCUGACCUCUCUCAGGCACCUGAGCUUUUUCUCCAAUAAGAUUACAUAUAUCUCCAAAGGAGACCUUGAUGCCCUGUGUGAAGCAAACAGGCUCAACCUCACCUUGGUGCUCUCUCUGAAUAAUAUAAAAUACAUCCAGCCGGGGUCCUUUGCAAAGAUUCAUCUUGGUGAACUGGUUCUGAGAUCCUCUUUUGAGAACUUCCAUGACAUGCACACUUCUCUUCAUGGCCUGGCAGGGCUACAGGUCAACAGACUAAUAGUUGGAGAAUUCAGGGACAGUCAGAAACUGGAAGAUUUUCAGAAUGGACUCUUGAGUGGACUCUGCCAGGUACAGAUGCAGGAGUUUGUCUUAAUCUGUUUCAGGAAUUUUGAGAAUAACACGGACACCCUUUUUAACUGUAUAGGCAACGUCUCCAGUAUUCGGCUGGUGAACGUCAAUCUCGAAGAGGUGUCAGAGGUUCCUAUGUUUCCUCAAGUGAAACAUCUGGAAUGCAAGAAAUGCAAGUUCAAGGAAGUGCCUGCUGUGAAGCUGUCCCUCUUUAAGGAGCUGAGAGUGCUUCGUAUUACCCAGAGCAAACACCUUAAUAGCUUCCGGCAGAAAUUUAAGAAUCUAACUUACCUGGAGGUCAUAGAUUUGAGUGAGAAUCGGCUCUCCUUCACUUCAUGCUGUUCUCCUCAGUUUCCUGGGUCUGCAAACUUGAGACACUUGAACCUAAGCUUCAAUUCUGACAUCAGUUUGACUGGAGACUUCACCAAUGUGAAGAAUCUCUUAUACUUGGACCUUCAGCACACAAAGUUAGACGACCAUGGCACCUACCCUGUCUUUCUAUCCCUUCAGAAACUCAUUUACCUUGAUAUUUCCUAUACCAAAACUCAUGUUAAAUCCGAUCAUGUAUUUCAUGGCCUGAACUCUCUGCAAGUGCUCAAGAUGGCAGGCAACUCCUUUGAGAACAAUAAAUUGUCCAAUAACUUCAAAAACUUGAGCCACCUCCACACCUUGGAUAUUUCAAAUUGCAAAUUAGUACAGGUGGAUCAAGGCACAUUUAAUGCUCUCUCUGAACUAAAAGAGCUGAACAUCAGCAACAAUAAGCUCCUGACCUUCGAUCCUGUAGUCUACAAGCCCCUCCAAGCUCUCACAGCCCUGGAUUUCAGCCACAACCAGCUGAGUGUCCUGUUGGACUCAGGCCUGGAAAUCCUGCCUGCUAGUCUGGUCUACCUAGAUCUCUCUCACAACUUGUUUGAAUGCUCUUGCAGUUACCUGAACUUUAUGAAAUGGAUCAAAGAAAAGGAGGACCUGCUGCAAAACAAGCAUUUAAUGGUAUGCCACACACCUGCAUACAUGAAGAACUUGAGCCUGUCAAGCUUCUACAUGUCCUCCUGCCGUCCCAGCCCAAGCACGGUGGCAUGCUCAGUGGUCAUAUUGCUUGCUGCAGUGGUGUUCAUAUUCCUGAUUUACAAGUACUACUUCCAGCUCUACUACUUCUUGGUGCUGCUCAGUGGGUGUAAACACUCUGCAGAAAGGGGAACCACCUAUGAUGCCUUUGUUAUCCACUCCAGCAAAGACCAAGAAUGGGUGAUAAAAGAGCUGGUUGAACCCUUAGAAGGAGGAAAACCUCCCUUCCAACUCUGUCUUUACUACAGGGAUUUCCUACCAGGGGUACCCAUUGUCACCAACAUCAUCCAAGAAGGUUUUCUAAGUAGCAGAAAUGUCAUUGCAGUCAUCUCCACCGACUUUCUGGAGAGCAAGUGGUGUAGCUUUGAGUUUGACAUUGCCCAGUCCUGGCAGCUGGUUGAAGACAAGGCUGGAAUCAUCAUGAUUGUACUCGAAGAAGUGAAUAAGACCUUGCUGAGGCAGAAGCUGGGGCUGUCCCGAUACCUCAGGAGGAACACCUAUCUGGAGUGGAAAGACAAGGAGAUAAGCAAGCAUAUCUUCUGGAGGCAGCUCACAGGAGUCCUGCUACAGGGCAAAAAAUGGAAUCACGAGGAGGAAAAGCUCAUGUGA